GUUGUCUAUAAACUCCAAGGUGUGCAAUCUUAAAUAUUAAUCAAUAUUUUGGCUUAAGGUGUGUAGUGUCCUGAUAGAGUGCAUCCCUAUCACUUGAUUUUUCUCUGCUACCAUCUCCAGGAAAACUGCUUAGAAAUAUGGAUUACAUAAGAAGAGUCAUUUUUGGUACUUUGCAUGAAUUAUGGCAGGCUUUGAAAAAACGUGCUGCAGCUGUGAUAAUUGCCAUGCUUCUGCCAGUAAUUUAUGAGUUUUUGUCAUUGACAACCUGCAAGCCUCUUAAUCAUGUUGAGAAUGGUUCAAUAGAGUGUGUCGGUAACUGGUACAACAACUCAGUUGGCGCUGUCUGUUCUUUCUCUUGCAAAAAAGGUUUUCAGUUGGUGGGAGCAGUGAAGACUACAUGCAAUGAAGAAGGAAACUGGACUAAUGGAUUACCAUCAUGUUUGAAAAUCUGUGAUGAACCUCCCAAAGUGUUACAUGGUGAAGUGGAAUGCAAUGGUACUGUGGUUGGCUCUGCAUGCAGAGUGAAAUGUGACAAAUCAAGAAAGACAGAUGGUGUUAAUUUGAUGUCAUGUGGGAAGAAUGGAAGGUGGUUGGAAACUGCUCCAACUUGUGUCUGUGCUAAUCCUUGUCGGACUGGUGAGAACUGUGAUAAAUUUUUAACAUGGCAAGAAUUUAAACAUUAUAUAAAUGAAGAUGGAGGAACAUCGUACUUAAAUUUUGGAGGCCAUCCAAUAAAAUGUGCUACACAUUAUAGUAUACGAAGGCUCAAAUUGGACUGGUUUUGCAGAUGUAUAGAUAUAACUUCUGGACAUGAGGUUAUGUGUAAACCGUAUGAAUCAAGAUAUGGUGCAUGCGAGCAUUCAAGUGCCGAACUCAUUCGUCAGAUGGUUGACAAAAAAGUUUAUCCGCCACCUUGUGACCCUCAUAGUCUUAUGACAGGCUGCUGAAUGAGGGCUUUUAUCAUCUAUCGCACGGGUGUGCAACCUUUAAAACAGGAGGGCCAGAUGCAAAUAACUGCGUGCAACCGCAGGCCGCACCUUCAUUUGGCCUCCUUGUAGUUGCAGGCAAAUUUCGUUUCGCAGCCUACACACCAUCCAAAAUUAGCGCUUAUCUUCGUGCCACACAAUUUUUCCUUGUGAGACGCAUUUGACCUACAGGCCGCACGUUGCACACCCCUUUUGCUUUCUGAAAAAUGAAAUUCCAUAUGGCAGUUAUUAACAUGUAUUAUCAUCUCCACUCUAUUGAAAUCUCGCCAUGUCCGAAGGUAAUAUUAGGUGAUUAGACCAAGGUGCUACAAAGCAAACUACCAAACAAUUCUACCAUAAAGUGAGUCAAAUUUAUUGAAUUGAAAAAAUGUACUUUGAAUCACCCCACAAAAUAACAUGCCAAGAGGCAUUUUUCAGGAAAUUCGCCAAAAAUUGUUUUCUGGAAAUCUAAUAAUGUAUAUUCUCUGGUCUAAUUAAAUGAACGGCUUUGCUUCUGUUGUGUCAA